AUGGCGGUCGGUCCCACCCUCGGAACCGGGUUGUUCAUCGGUUCUGGUCAAGCUCUCGCCGUGGGAGGUCCCGCCACGUUGCUUGCUGCUUAUGUAUUCAUAUCCCUCUUGGUAUACUGUCUGACCACUGCGGCUGCGGAAAUCGCAGCUCAUAUGCCCGUUCGCGAUGGCACAAUGCUCUCGCACACGUAUCGGUAUGGCUCGAUUCACCUGGGCUUCGCUCUCGGGUACCUUCGCUGGUACACCUUAGCUCUUCUCGCCUCCUUUGAAAUCAUCAACGCGAUGGUCAACCUGACCUUAUGGGAGCCCGGCACCCGCGUGACAAUACGAAUUGCCAUUGUCGCCGGGGUAAUCUUUUUGUUUAAUAUGUUGCCAGAGAGGGUGUUUAAACGAACCGAGGCCUUCUUUACGGGAGUGAAACUUCUGACAACAAUCGGACUGAUACUUCUUUCCAUUUUUCUGGCGGCUCGCGGGAUCCCUGGUACCUCCAUCCGGGGUUUCUAUUACUGGCGACACCCCGGUGCGAUAAAUCGGUACCUGAUGCCGGGCUAUCUGGGACAGAUUUUGGGUCUGGUACAAUGCGUCCUCUACAGCACCAUCAUGUUCAUCUUCAGUCCCGAAUUGACCGUGGGGAGAGCGGAAACGGCCGACAUGGAGACAGGGUUCAAUAUCUUGAGGGUGGCACAGAUCGACAACAUACACCUUUGCGUGCUCUAUAUCCUCAGUGCAUUGGCUGUCGGCGUGAUGAGCCCUUCAAACGAGCCGUUACUGACGAAUUACGGUGCUGGCGCCGGCAUGUCGCCGUACGUUGUGGGUGUUCGCAGAUCCCAAGUUCCUACGCUCCCCGUUGUCGCCACCACGCUGAUAUUCUUUUCGUCCGUGGCCUCUGCUCGCUCUUUCCUUUUUAUGUCAUCGCGUACCCUGUGUUCUUUGGCCGAAGCGGGACACGCGCCGGCGCUCUUCAAGAACCGCAACGGCUGGGGAGUCCCGUAUGCAUCGGUAAUGGCAUCAGCCAUGUUCGCGAGCUUCGCUUUUCUGUCCCUGAGGUUAUCCGUAUCAGUCGUCUUCAAUUUCCUGCUCUAUUUCAUCACGACUUCAGGCUAUAUCUCGUGGCUGUGCCUGUGUAUUGUUUACCUGCGCUUUCGACGGGCGACCAAAACGCAGGGGUUUGUCUGCGUACACCAGACCUUCAUCCAGCCGUUCGGCACGUACUUUGCCAUGUUGGUCUGCGCUUCGCUGUCCCUCGCCAACAUCCUCAUGACCGUGGUCCCGGCCCGGUUAACUAUCCGGAACCCCGUGGCUGUGUAUUUGGGAGCCAUCACGUUCCUCUUGCUCUAUAUUGGACACUACGCGAAGGCUUCGAUGGCACAGGUUGCCGCCAGCGAAACCGUCACCAUGGAGCAUUGUCGACACCCGACCGAGAACCCACAUCCCAGCAUACCAUCUCUUUGA